AUGGCCGUUCCGCACCGCUCCCAAGCUCUGCGCCGACUUGCCGCCAAGGAGAAAGGCGGACGCGAUACAAGACGACAGGAAAUUCCUCCUCCAGCGCACAGUGGAUAUUACAGAGCGGGCAUCAAAGAAUUGAAUCUGCCAAACGUCCUCUUUGCUCAGGCCUUCACCAUAGCAGGGCAAUAUCCCGGAUUGUCGCGCAAGUUGCCACCCAACCUAUACAGAUAUCCCUUGUACCAAGGUGAAUAA